AUGGUGGUCUGCCGCGUGACGGACAACAUACUCUACUACGACGGCGAUAACCGCGGCCAUGCUCGACCGAACGAGGCAGACAUCUGGGGCUGCAAUACGGGGCCGUUUGCCAUUUUGGAAGAGGACAACGCCGUCCACCGGGCGAUGGUGCCUAUUCU